AUGCUGCUGCGAUAUUUCAUAUUGUUUCUAAAUGUUUUUAAUGUUGUCCAUGCUCUAGACAAUGUUGGAACAUCAGGAAAAUUGCGGUUUGCCAAUCUAGGCUACGCUGAUACUUUUAGAUAUGUUGGGAAAAUCACCAACGCUACAAAGGAGAGUUGUACAUGUACAUUAGCACCACCAGCAUGGUUCUCAGGUUUGAAUGCACCUUUAUCCGAGAGGCUAGUGGCUCAUAUUAGAGGACCUACCCAAUUGUAUAAAUUUGCAUAUUAUAAUGUCCAUAAGUUUAUACUAGGCUCGGAUAACAAUACUCAUAAUUGGACCCAACAGGCACUAUUUGACAUUGCUCCAGAUUCCAUUAGUAAACAAACUAUAAAUGUAACUUUUUUGGGACAUAAAGGUCGUGAUUCCCCAUGUAUGGGGAGAACAUUAACAUUUAUUGGACAAGAUGCAGUCUCUUUUGCUACUGAAAACCCUGAUCCUGCUGGAUUCUCAGGGUAUGUUCCAUCUGAUGAAGAAUAUAUUAUAUACUCAAACUUCCCAUGUCCAGCAUCAAAAGUUAAAGGUAUGUGUGGUGUCUAUAGGAAAGGUAUACGGUCUUACACCGGAUAUGAAGGUGUGACUAAAUUGUUUCUAUUUGAAUUCUCUAUGCCUACGGAUAAUAACAUGACUAAUCAGGAUGGGAGAUAUUUCGAUAUGCCUUCUAUUUGGUUGGCAAACGAGCAUCUAUCACGUACUACAGAAUAUUACGAUUGGAACAAUAAUUGUUCUUGUUUAUUUAAUGGUUGCGGUGCAUAUCAAGUGUUUACUACAAACGCUACUAAUAAAGACCUGUUAUAUUCUUCUUUGCAAACAUUCCAAGGUUUGAACAGAAACGUGAGUCAGAAGUUGAUCCUUAAUGGUACUGUUAGUACUGGCCAAUUUAACAGACCGAGAAACAUUACGGUGAGAGGUGGUGUAUUAUUUGACUCAGCUGGAAAUAUCGUAACUUUUCUGACAAAUAACACUGUAUUCCAUGAAGAAUUAACACCAGAACAAGUAGAAGACAUGUUAUCUGAUAUUCCUAAUAUUGGAGGGGAAUUAAUAUUACCGUCUGGUACAUUGAAGGCUCCCAACACUACAUCAUCUAAUGAUGGUACUAUAAUGAGACCUACAAGUAAUACAAUAUGGGCCAUUUAUUUUACAUUAAUCACAAGCAUCAUACAAUUUAUUAUAAUCUGA